AUGAAGAGCUUCACGACAGCGGCCGCAGUUGCGGCCUUUGCAGGUCUGGCUUCGGCCAAGCACUGCCAGGAAUUGACAGUGCCGGUCACCAUCUCUGCCAGGAACGGCAAAUACGACCAGGCGAAGUUGACGCCUCAGACCAACAUCGAUGUUACCAACUUCAUCCUGCUCCAGUCUCGCCAGGGCACCAACUACUCUCAAACAGCUUUGGAGGGUUACCAAACCGUGUCCGGCACAUACAACAUCGCUGCGACCUACUGUGCUCCUGACAGUGGAUCUGCUAGCACCGUUCAAGUCUUGACACACGGCAUUGGCUUUGAUCGUAGCUACUGGGACAGUCCCUACGCAAAUGGAAACUACUCCUAUGUCAACCAAGCCACCUCUCGAGGCUACGCAACCUUUGCUUUCGACCGCCUCGGUAUCGGCCACUCGUCUCACGGCGAGCCAGUCAAUGAGAUCCAGGUUCUCUUGGAAGUUGCUGCUUUGAAGUCGUUGACCGACAAGAUCAGAGAAGGUUCUAUUCAGGGCGUGCCAAAGUAUGGCAAGAAUGGAACUUUCCUCCCUUACUUCCUCCUGGGCGGCAACUUUGUGCAGGCGAACAAGAACCCGGCUCUGGCGACCUAUGUUAACGGAUACCUGGCUCCUGCAGAUGCCAGUGCUGUGCAGACCAACUUCUUUGCUCCUGGUGAUUUUGACCCCAACAUCCUCACAUUCGCGACCCAGACCGGCCAGCCAGUGACCAUUGGUGAGCUGCUCACCAUUGGAGGAUCCACCGGCUCCAAGAACCUGUUCAAGGGUCCAGUCUUGAUCAUAACGGGCGAAUACGACGUCCCAUACUGCGGUGGAAACUGCCUUGCGGCCCCAACCGGCUACAACAGCAUCCCCGAGACCUCCAAGCAAUACCUGCCCAACGCCUCGCCCUUCCAGGUCGACAUCGUCAAGGGCGCGGGCCACGGCUUGAACUACCAGUACACUCACACAACCACCUACAACGAUAUCCUCAGCUUCUUCGAGCAGAACGGUCUCGCUGCUAGCGGUUCUGGCAAGAGCAGCCAAGCACAGCCACCUGCUGGCAAGCCUCCAGGAGGCAUGGGCGGCAACUGGGGCACCAGCGCCGCUGGUGCUGGUGGCAAUGCUGUGACCCAGAUUGACGAUGGACAGCCGCAGGUGCCAACUGGCAAGCCAGUCCAGCAGAUCAGUGAUGGUACGUCCGCUUCGUGUGUCUGCACGUCGCAGAGCUAA